AUGAAACGUUUGAAUAAAAUUGAAAUUUUCUCAUUGGGAUUACUAUUUUUGCUCUUAAUUCAAGAUUCUUAUGGACUUUUUGAAUGCAUUUUGAUCAAAUUCGAGCCAAUGAUCAAAAACAGUAAAAUUUUUGAUUUGGAUAGUUUCAAAAUUGCUCGUUUCAAUCGAACAACAUUUGUUUUUAAUGGAUCUAUGGAGAUGUCACUUGAUUCUUUUGAAGAUCUAGAGGCUGUCUGUGAAUUGUUCAAAAAAGCAGGAAAUGACUACAAAUUAACACCUUAUAAAAUGGGACCUGCGAACAUUUGCAAGUUGAUAAAAGACGAUGAUUUCUUUUAUGCUGGAUUUCAUAAGCACACUGAUUUCCCUCCAUUAAAGACUUGUGAUUUUAAAAAAGGAGUUAAAUAUAAUAUCAAAAAUUAUUUGCCAGAUAUGAGUAAGGUACCGCCAGUUUUUGAGAGUGGAGACUAUAUGGUUGAGUGUAAAAUUUCAAAAGGAGAAGAAUUCAUUCAAGGAACAGUUACUUAUUCACAAAUGUAUAAUAUUGCAAGUGCUGGACUCGGAUAA